UUGACCCACAGCCGCGAAUUAGCUUAACAUUUAGUGAUGUCCUGCGCGUAUGUGAGGUGCCGUCGUGAUAACGAUUGAUCUAAUACACACGUAUUUCUCGUUUGUGUUUUUCUUUAGCGGCGAGACGAUUUAGCUUUAUUAAGGGCACCAUCACCCACCAAGCUUUUAGCAUAAAUUUAAGAAAAUGGCACCGGUUUAAUUGUGGUAAUUGAUUUAAUUAGUUGAAAAUAGUACAGACCGCGUUGUUCUGCUGUACACACAAACGUUACUCCGAGCACUCCAAAGUAAAGCAGAGAGGGCCAUCAUUAUGAGUGCCAAAGUCAACAUGGAAUGUCCUCCCAGAGAGCCCGACUGUACCUCGGUGGCCCCACCUGCCAUGCCUACCCCUUCGCCAGGUGAAGCCAUACUCCUCUGCGGGGUGGAUAGUGGGGACAAGAAGCCUCGACCUCAGACGCACACUACCACAGCUCUGCUUCUACCAGCUCCAGCUCCGAGCCACCAAAAAGUGGAGCUGACGCCAACUAUUGCAGUGACGGAUCCAAGUAAAGCAGGCAGGUCCACUGAGGCAGUCAAGCCCACUUUGACUGCGCAGGUGGCGGGGGCUUGUAGCAUCGUCCACGUCCUCGAGUGGAAGGAAGGGAUGGCCAUCCUGCCCGGCAGUAACCUCAAGUUCUGUGUCAAAGAUGUAGGAGCAUUAAGUACAUUGAUCACACCAGGCACCCCCAGCAGUACCAAUGAACCAGCAGCAGGGACUUCUGGUAGAUUGAUCAAUGCAGAAGGCUCCCCACUGGAUAAGCCAGAUGUGUCGGCUCCUGUGGUCCCAGUGAGCGGUGCAGGUGUGGAGACAGAGAGGUUACUUCAUGUCAAACCGGAGGUCCAGAUGGGACUCGUCCAGCAGAACCAUGAUCCCAGAGCUCAGCGGAUUUACACAGAGGAACUACGCAGAGAGCCCAUGGUAGAUAAGAGGAGUGUUGGUGUGGAAAAGGUCCCAGCUGGUGCGAGGGUCUCGUCUUUAAAUCUUGAUCAGCUGAAACCCAUGAGGAAGAGGAAGAGAAAGGAGUAUCUGGGCCCCUCUGAUGAAGACUCUGACAUGGAGGGCAUGGAGGACAAAAUGGAAGAUCUGAAAGCGGAUGGCAGAUUCAUCAGAGGAGGUGGAGACAUGAAGACGGAGCAGUGGACGUGGGCUCAGUAUCUACAAGAAACCAAAACUAUCGCUGCACCUGACAAGCUUUUUCAAGAGACUCAGAGGGCACCCACGGUCAAGAACGGCUUCAAACAGGGGAUGAAGCUGGAGGGCAUCGACCCACAGCACCCAUCCAUGUACUUUGUUCUUACUGUGGCUGAGGUGUGUGGCUACCGUCUGCGCCUCCAUUUUGACGGUUACUCUGACUGCCACGACUUCUGGGUGAAUGCCAACUCACCUGAUGUGCACCCUGCAGGCUGGUGCGAGAGCACACAACACAAAUUGCACACUCCUAAAGGUUGUAAAGAAGAAGAGUUUACGUGGACUAACUAUCUAAGAAUGACUAAAGCACAAGUGGCCCCCAAAGAGCUGUUUGCCAGUCCUGGAAGGAUUGACACCAAAUGUGACUUUGAGAUAGGGAUGAAACUUGAGGCCGUUGAUCGCAUGAACCCAUCCCUCAUCUGCGUGGCAACCAUCACCGACAUGGUGGACGACCGCUUCCUGGUGCACUUUGACAAUUGGGACGACACGUACGACUACUGGUGUGAUGCCACCAGUCCAUACAUCCAUCCUAUUGGUUGGUGUCAGGAGAGAAAUCUGCCCUUAACACCACCCCAAGAUUAUCCUGACCAGGGAGCAUUUUCCUGGUCCCACUACCUGCAUGAGACUUGUUCUAAGGCAGUUGCAGCUGACUCAUUUAAAACGCGCCCAGCCCAUCGCUUCCAGCCUCAGAUGAAACUGGAGGCGGUCGACAAAAGGAGUCCUGGUCUCAUCAGAGUGGCAACGGUGGAGGAAGUCGAGACUCACCGUAUCAAGAUCCACUAUGAUGGAUGGAGUCACAUCUAUGACGAGUGGAUGGACUCGGAUCACCCUGACAUCCACCCAGCAGGCUGGUGUGAAGCCACCGGUCACCCGCUCAAACCCCCACCACAGGACGCCAAACUACAGCAGACACAUGGUGUGAGGGAGCCUCCCACUCUGCCCCAGUCAACUUACCCUCCUUCUGUUCCCUGCAAGCCCAUCAGCCACACAAGAACCAACAAGUACAACUUUCACAACAGGAAGUGUCCAACCCCGGGUUGUGACGGUUCAGGUCACGUGACUGGUCGCUUCACGGCACAUCACUGUGUUUCGGGCUGCCCGUUAGCUGAGCGCAACCAAGGUAGACUCAAGGUGGAGCUGUCAGACUCUGAGAGCAAGAGGAGUCUCUUUUUUGGCCAGAGAACCAAGAAGACACAUUACCGUGGCAGGAUUGGACGUCCACCUAAAUAUAGGAAGAACCAGCAGAGAGACUAUCAGAACAUUACAUCUGAGUGUGUCUAUCCGUCGUUGUUUGUGUCGGCUCUGAGCGGUCAGUCAGACCGUACUCUGUCUCUGUGCUGGGAACAACACUGUAAAUUGCUACCUGGCGUACUGGGCAUUCCCGCUAGUCAGGUGGCGGCUUGGAGUGUGGAGGAGGUCUUCAACUUUGUGCAUAAUCUAAUUGGCUGCGAGGACCAGGCCCGUGUCUUUAAAGACGAGAUGAUUGACGGCGAGGCCUUUCUACUACUGACUCAGGCUGACAUUGUGAAGAUCAUGAGCAUCAAACUCGGCCCCGCCCUCAAGAUUUCCAAUGCCAUCCUCAUGUUCAAGAGCACGGAUGAAUCUCUCAAAUGACUCCGUUAGGGUGGGAUCAUCGGUGCAAUCAGUCAUCACGUGCCAAAUUCAUUGUGCAAGGCAAAAACUCCUUGUCUGAGCCCUUUUUGUGUUUCGUGUCCUGUGCCCAUCAGAUGGUGUGGGGUGGUUGAAGUAAAGGACGUUGAAGUAAAGGACAAUUUAGGAAGGAUAUGACAGACACAAAAUGGAUACCAGGGUGAGUUAGGGAACAUUGUAACAUUUUAGUUGAAGGAAUAGUUGCAUCAUUCUACUGGUACUUGCCCAAACAUUUAGUUCUUUUUGCAAUCGGUAACAUCAUAUCAGUGACACACUACUGUAACAAAUUCUAAUUGAAAAUGAAAAACAUACGUAUGUAUUCCAGCAGCAGGAUCAGAAAUAUUUCAGUUAGGUGGUUGAGUCCACAACCCAUACUGGAAUAGCAACAGUGCUUAGCACACACCAACAGAGAAGCUGUUAAACAUAUCAACCACACUCAUGAAUUUAUGAAAUACACCCACACCAACCUUGCCCAACACACUCGAAAUGUAAGCAGGAACAAAACAAAGUAAAUAACAACAUUUGUGUGGAGUGUAUUGUAAAAAAUAAUAACACCAAUUUUAAGGACAAUUGCAUAUCAUUGAGUGAUUUGGCUAACCAAAUAUUGUCAUGAAAUUCUCAUGAGCAAAAAAUACAGGAUAGAAAACGAAAACAAAACUCAUGGGUAAAGUUCUGCAGUAGGAAGUCUAUACAUUUCCCCAAAUACUAUAUUUGUUUAUAAUUUAAAAUACAUGAGAAGAGGACCUUAAAAAACCUUUUAAAAAAGUGCUCUAUA